AUGGAUGUAUUCGGCACUGUGGUCAACGUCACCACGCUGGUCGGCCAGAUCGUCAUCAUCUACCGUCAUGUCGCCGCAAUGCAGUCCUUUGGCGAUGCCGCCGAAGGUGUUGCUGCGAAGAUUUCCUUCGAAUAUUUUCGCUUUGAGACCUGGGCUGAGCAAAGCGGUUAUCUUGAAAUAGAGGACAGAGAUGGUCUGACAAGCGAAGCGGCUCGGUCGGCUCAGUCCACCACAGGCUCACAUUACCUGCUUCAGACAGCAGCCAAGGCUCACGAGAUUGUGGCACAAAUUCAGAACGUCUUGGCUGCGACUAGGCUAUUAUUGGAGAAGAAUCAAAUCGCAGACAAGCUCACCGAUGCGACAGGCAGCACCAGUUUGCAGCCGGACCUCUUAGCAACGCAGUCGUCUAUCAUCGCAAAGACCACAGCACGCCAGCAGUUCCUCUCGCUUCCUUCGUCAGUGAGCUCCAUGCCCGCCAUUGAACGAGCCACUGCCGCGUCGAGCAAGCUGAAGUUGCGUCUGGGCAAGGAGACGGGGAGGCUCCGAAAGCUGCGCUUCAGUUGGGGGUUGUUUGGCGAGGAUAGCGACAUGGCCAAACUCGAAGACCUGGUUCAACAACUGAGAUACUGGAAUGAUGGCCUGCGUGAUAUCUUGCCUAUACAGCACCAGCUGUCCCAUGGCAUGAUGACACAGGUCAGGGUUUUGGGUCAUACAAAUAACCACCAAGCGCUUGAACGUGUUGGGAACGCAUCGCGAAGCAUCAGCGGCACAGUGUACCAAGAUAUAUACGCUUCCUGUAACAUGAAGAAAGACAAGCUCAACACAGAAUCGCAAUUCGACAGUCACAUCAAGGCGGACACCGGGCCGUUGGAUGUAACAAGGUUGCCGCAGCUCAGUGGAAGCAGUUCAGCCAGCAUUGAGUAUCGCCUCACGAGCCUUCAUUCCGGUCAAGGAAUGGAGUCCGAGGCCACACGAGUGGUUGUUGAGAUUGUCGACUUCAGCGCCAUCUCGCACCAAGAUUCACUCGAGAUCCUCAACGCCCGGAUCGGUCGCCUCAGCCAUCUUCUUAGGGCCGCCGCACGUCCAAGCAAUUUACACUUGCCUACGUGCGAGGGGUAUGUCCGCGCCAGCGCCUCGAAAUUCUUCAUUCUCUACCGACCUCCCGAACAAGCAGAUCUGUUCAAACAGCCCAGAACUUUACUCUGCCUACUUCCUCGCCAUCCAAACGCGCCAAAGCGGCCUCCCAAAAUGCCGAUCUUACCUUCGCUCGAAGAGAGAUACUCCCUUGCCAAGCAACUGGCAGAGGGUCUUCUCAGGCUCCACAGCAUCAGCUGGUUGCAUAAGUGCUUCAACAGUAACAAUGUUCUGUUUUUCCAUAAUCCGGACGGCCUGAAAAUCUCUCAUCCCGUCCUUGUAGGAUUUGGUCUGGGCCGAACGUCAGACAAAACUUCCGAAACCAUCGACGUCCGCCAGCUUGGCAGUCAUUUUGAUCUCUACCAACACCCGGAACUCCGUGCUAACGCACACAAGCGGUACAAGAAACGCCAUGACAUUUACUCCCUAGGUCUCGUUUUGUUCGAGAUUGGCAUAUGGCAGAGCAUAUUCUACUUCAAGAAGGACAAUCAAGACGCACAAGACUUCAGGAGGACCAUCAGAAAUGCCUGCGAGAGUCACCUGGCACACUUUAUGGGCAAGGCGUAUCAGCGAGCCGUGUUGCAGUGUUUGGACGAAGACGACAUGUGGAAGGAGGCAGAGGGCGAUGAUGAUGAUGAUUCUUCCGGAACACAUGAGGUCUUCUUCUGGAAGGUUGUGCGAGAAUUAGGGGGCGUACAGUAG